CUCAUACUUGUCUAGCUACCUAAAUCGUUCUCCAAGGCCAAUCGAUCAGCUAUUAGCUAUAGCAUUAAGUAUUUAAUUUGGAAGCAGCUUGCAAUAGAUCAUAUGGCGUCUAUGGCGUCGAUGAUUCCCAGAUUAGCACUUGCCCUUUGGCUCUUCUCCGCGCUUGUUUCGGCUCAAUUGUCUUCUACAUUCUACUCCGCGACGUGCCCCAAUUUGCAGCAGGUGGUGCGCUCCGCCAUGACCGACGUCGUGCGCCAGAACCCCAGGAACGCUGCCUUCAUUCUCCGCCUCUUCUUCCACGACUGCUUCGUAAAUGGGUGCGAUGCGUCGAUCCUUUUGGAUGGCACGCCGGCGUUCGCCAGCGAGAAGUUUGCGAACCCCAACAGGAAUUCCGCCCAAGGCUAUGAGAUCAUCGACGCCAUCAAAGCCAGAGUGGAGGCCAACUGCCCGGCCACCGUCUCCUGCGCCGACGUCCUCGCGCUCGCCACACGCGACGGCGUUGCCUUGCUUGGCGGGCCGACGUGGACCGUAAGAUUGGGUCGCCGGGAUUCUCUGGCGGCGUACCAGGAAGCUGCCAGCCGCGAACUCCCGGCGCCGUUCUCCGACCUUUCGGUCCUCAUCUCUAUGUUUCGCGACAAAGGCCUCACCCCGCGCGAAAUGGCAGCCCUCUCCGGGGCGCACACCAUCGGCCAAGCGCAAUGCUCCCAAUUUGACGACCGCAUCUACAACGACCGCAACAUCAACGCCACCUUCGCCGCCCUCCGCAGAAGAACCUGUCCGCCCGGCGGAAGCAGCGCUCUGGCGCCGCUCGACGGCGAGACGCCGUACCAGUUCGACAACGGUUACUACCGGGAACUAGUGGCGCGGAGGGGGCUUCUGCAGUCGGACCAGGCGCUGUUCAACGGCGGGUCGCAAGACGCGCUGGUGAGAAGGUACAGCGUCAACGGGGCGGCGUUCGCCAGGGACUUCGCGGCGGCGAUGGUCAAGAUGGGAGCAAUUCGCCCGCCUCCCGGGACGCCGGGAGAGGUCCGGUUGGUUUGCAACAGGGUCAAUUGAUCACAUAUUCAUUAAUUAUUAUUAUUUUUUAAGCAAAUCAGUGGAUUAAUUAUUUUUUCUUCAAAAUCAUAAUGGCAAAGUUAAAUAAAAUUUUAUAUUGUACAUUUUCUUUUCUUUUCUUUUGUUUUUUUCUUUUUUUUCAUGUGCGGAAAGUAUAUGUUA